UUCCCUCUAUGUUCUUGGAGGACUUCAGGUCACCUGCUUAAUGAUGGAGUUUGGAAGAGUUCAUUUAAAUCUCAAGACGGUUUUGCUCACCAUGAUGAUGUUCAAGUGGGGAAUAUUUUGUUCGGCCAGUUCUGAGAAGUGCCUGUCGGGGCCUUGCCAGAACGGUGCCGCCUGUGUGGACACCAUGGAUGAUUACGCCUGCCUCUGCAACCAGGAGGGGGUCCGCUACAUGGGCAAGGACUGUGAUGAACUCUAUGACUCUUGUUUGUUUGCGUCUUGCGUCAACUGUACCAGCACUCCAGGCACCACGGAACAUCUCUGUAUCUGCCCGGACGGAUUCACCGGAGAGAACUGCACAGAAGAAAUCGAUGAAUGCCACAGCGACCCUUGCUUUGAGCCCCAUUCUGAAUGCAUUGACCAGCUGAACAACUACUUCUGUCGCUGUCCCUCCGGGUACGGGGGAGAAGACUGCCAGACGCACGUCACAGACUGCGUGGACAAACCAUGCCAGAAUAACGGAUUAUGUAAACUGUUACCUGAAGGCUACGAGUGCGAGUGUGCACCUGGUUACGAAGGGGAGCACUGCGAAGAGGAUGUCGAUGAGUGUAUGUCCCACCCGUGUCAAAAUGGGGCCAUCUGUAUGGACGGAGACGCAGAGUACCACUGUUUCUGCGUGCCUGGUUUCCAGGGUUACAACUGUGAGAUUGACAUCAACGAGUGUGCUUCGCACCCUUGUGAGAACAACGGAACCUGUAUUAACGAGAAGGACCGAUACGAGUGCGAGUGCCUCGUAGGGUUUACAGAGGUGAACUGUGAAGUGGAAAUAAAUGAAUGUGAGUCGGAUCCCUGCCAAAAUGAAGCCACCUGCCAUGACCUCAUUGGCCUGUAUACCUGCGAGUGUCAGCAAGGGUUUGAGGGCAUUGACUGUGAGAUUGACAUUGACGAGUGUGCCAGCGAACCUUGCCAAAAUGGAGCAGUCUGCAAUGACAUGGUAGACAGCUACGAGUGUGACUGUAGUGACACAGGGUUUGUUGGGGACCACUGUGAGGAGGACAUCCUUGAGUGUGCUUCAGACCCUUGUCAGCACGGUGGCACCUGUUUGGAGGGAGUGAAUGAGUACACCUGUCUCUGUUGGCCAGGUUACAUGGGGGAAAACUGUGAGAUCGACAUUGACGAAUGUGCGGAGGUGCCAUGUGAGAACGAAGGGGAGUGUUUCGAGCGUUCUGACCCCUCUCACUGGGAAACAGACUGGGAGUUCAACUUUGCAGAGGCUUCGGGCUACAUAUGCCAGUGUCAGCCAGGCUUUGCAGGGGAAAAUUGUACUGUGAACAUUGAUGAGUGUGAGUCUGAUCCGUGCCAGAAUGGAGGCACUUGUGAGGACCAGGUCAACGAGUAUACCUGCAUGUGUGCAGACGGAUUUACAGGCGAAAUAUGUGAAGUAAACAUCGACGAGUGUGAAAGCCAGCCAUGCCAGAACGGUGCUUGGUGCGAGGACGGCGUGGCAGACUUCACCUGUCACUGUCCCGAGGUGGAGCCGGAUGUGCUCCCCUGGGGCGGUCACCAUUGUGACGUCCAGCUCCUGGGCUGCAUGGACCACGAAUGCCAAAAUGGCGCCACCUGCCUGCCCUGGUUUGAAUACGGAGAACACACCCACACCUGUCUCUGCCCUCAUGGCUUCUUCAAUGACCUCUGCUCAACCCCAACCACGUUCUCCUUCUCCACUCCCGGAUUUGUAUUAAUUGAAGUAGAUGUGGAAGAGCGCAAACGAAGAGAGGCAAAGCACCACAAGCACCAUGGAUCAGGUGUCAGUCUACGCUUCCGGACAACCCUGCCUGACAUGCUCCUCUUCUACAGAGGGGACAUGGAGAACCAUCUCCUGCUUGAGCUCGUAGGGGGAAGUCUUCACGCAAAGGCGUUCUCAGAGGAAGCCGAGCUGGAGGUCACGUUCCCCAGGUUGGCGAGUGACGGGGACUGGAGAGAUGCCGAAGUGUGGUUGAGUGAGGAAGAGGGCUUACUAUUGAUUGUGAAGGGGCCAGGGUGCCACGCUGAAGGAUGCACCGUAGAGGACGGUGGCCCUGAAGGCCCAUACUUCCAUCCCUCAGAGACUUUUAAUCAUGUGUAUGUGGGUGGUGCUCCAAAGGAGUUUUUGGAGCUUACCGUGAGUGGUGCCGGGUUCAUCGGAUGUAUGGAGGACCUUUUCAUUGACUCCAAGCCUGUCCUGCCUCAGAACCUCCAGAACAACGAUGCAAAUGAGAUGGACAUCGGGUGUAGCAAGACAGAGUGGUGUGAGCAAGACCCCUGCAACAACCGGGGCCACUGUGUGGACCUGUGGACCAGCUCCCGCUGUGACUGCUACCGGCCACACCACGGCCACAGCUGCUCUGAGGAGUUCCCUGCAUGGACGUACAGCCACGAGGACACAUCCAGCUACAGUGCCUACGACAUCGUCGAGAGCCAUGGUGCCAACUUCAGUGUCUCCUUCUUCCUACGUUCGCUCAAGCCUGACGGCCUCCUCUUCCAGCUGAGGAGGCCCAGUGAGGGUGGGGAUGGCCUCAUGGAGCCCUACUUCUCUGUCUAUCUGGGGAUGGGGAGAGUUCUCGUGAAGUCUCUGCCCGAGAGCUCUGCCUUGACAGCACCCACCUUCGUGACCACGGGUGACAAGCAGCUUCUGGAGGUGGAGGUCCAUCACGGAAAAGUUUACUUCAGACACGAGGGGCUACGCUACAGUAUAGGUGUGGUGCCUGAGGUGGAGGUGCUGAGUGGGGACCUGGCGUAUGUAGGUGGUCUUCCUGGGGAUGAUGACUCGGUGGCCUGGGGGGGACACUUUAAAGGCUGCCUGCAGGAUCUGCGUCUGGAUGGGGUGCAUCUUGAUGUGGAUGCGUGGAAUACUUCGCUCAACAACUCAGAGGGACUGGUGUACUUACCAAGUGGGGCGGAAAACGUUGAGACCGGAUGUAUGAGCGAUAACACCUGUGAGGUGGAACCAUGUCACAAUGGAGGCGAGUGCACCAUCACCUGGAAUGACUUUGCAUGUUCGUGUCCUGAGAGUUUUACAGGACAGACUUGUGAGACACGCGUGUGGUGUGUGAGCGACCCCUGUAUCAUGGGGAGCCAGUGUGUGGACCUGACUGAUGGAUACGAGUGUGUGUCCAACGCCACAUUUGAGAAUAACCCAGUGCAGUACAGCGCUGAUGGUUCCCUAGCAACCCCAGUGACCAGCGUGUACUUGGAGCUUCGUACACGCUCAGAGAACGCUGUUCUGCUCCGCGCUUCCCACGGGCCAGAGCUGCUGAUGGUGGGUCUGGUGGACUCAUCGGUUCAGGUGGAGAUCCACAGCGGGAACAGCGUUGAAGCACUGAUGUUCUCUGGGGUGCGAAGAGUGGCAGACGGUAAUUGGCACAGAGUGCAUGUCUCCAUGGUGGAGCCUGAGAGUGAGGCAUCCCAUUGGGUGAUUACAGUGGACGGGAUCACAGAUGCCAGCAGUACCCCAGAAGUCACUGAAGGUCUUCACUUCCUGAACAAGGACGAAGCCGUGGUGGUUCUGGCAGAGAGUUUCAUUGGUUGCUUGGGUGUUGUUCGAGUGGGCGGGGUCUAUCUCCCAUUUUUGGACAACUUUGACCCUCCUCAGCUGACCCGCUUCCACAAAAUUGGAGAUGGGGAAAUCCAUAUGGGCUGUACCAGUUCACCUGUAUGCCUUUUGGACCUUUGCCAGAACGGAGCAACAUGCAAGGAUCUCUUUAAUCUCGUUGGCUGCCUAUGUGCACCGGGUUGGGAGGGCGAGCAUUGUGAGGUAGACACGGAUGAGUGUGUCUCCGGCCCUUGUGUUUAUGGAGACUGUCAAGAUUUGCUGGCGGGUUUUGAGUGUGAGUGCCAUGCUGGGUAUGAAGGAUUGCAUUGUGAGGAGAAUGUGGAUGACUGUAAGGAACACAAAUGCCAAAACGGGGGGACUUGUGAGGACAAAGUGAACCACUACACCUGUAACUGCCUGGAUGACUUCAGUGGUCCACUUUGCCAAUGGCCCUACCCCCCUUUGCAAUGCGAUGAUGUCCAAUGUGACAAUGAUGGAAUCUGUCAUGAUGGUUUGUGGGGUGCAAACUGCACCUGUAUGCCAGGCUUCGAAGGGGACAGGUGUGAGACAGAAGUGAACGAGUGUGACUCAAACCCUUGUCAGAACGGUGGCACCUGUCUGGAUCGCAUCAACAGGUUUCUUUGUAUUUGCCCUACUGGCUUCAACAGUCCAACUUGUGAUACAAAUAAACAAGCUCAAAAAGAGCGAGUGCCCUGGCUGGUAAUUGCCAUACCUCUAGUCUGUCUCUGCAUUCUCCUGGUGGUCAUCGGCCUGACCAUCAUGGUGAUGACUGCCCGCAAGAAACGGCAAUCUGAGGGUGCCUACAGCCCCAGUUCCCAAGAAGUUGCUGGGGCACGUCUGGAGAUGGACAGCAUGCUCAAGGUUCCUCCAGAGGAACGCCUGAUCUGAUCAUUGCCGUUGGCGUAUGUUGUCGGUUUACAGAUGGAUAAUUAUGCAAACUGAUUGUAGAGCACCGCAGGCAGGUGCGCUAGACGUUGCUAGGAUAACAGACUAUAUGGGUCUGGCUGAAAAGGAGGGUGAGAAAGCAUGAAAAGGACUGCUGCCCUCUGCUGGUGUGGAUAUGUUAUUGGCCCAGUGGUGCCAUUUUGUUUCAUCAUUUUGUCUCAUCUAAUAAAAUAUAGGUUUGGUAAAGGUCAAAAGAAAGCAAUGGUGUACAGAACAGGCAAUGCAUUUGCAGUGAAAGUGUGGGAUAACAGAUCUAACAGGUGGAUCUUCCUACAUGAGACAAUGGGAUAAAACACUGACACCCAUAACCCCACAUCAAUGUCUAAUUGGUUUGUUUUAAUAUCAGUUUCAUUUAAAUGCUUGCGUACAGGAAAGAAAGGUUGGACUCACAACCCAUAUGCCACUACACCUAAACUGCACUAUCAUGCAGGGUUAGGAGCAUCAUUCAGCCCUAAACUCAGUCUUCAGCACAAUGUGAUACAGGAUAUCAUUGUAACAGCUGCAAACACUGUGUUCUUUGAUGCAAAAUGAUUCCAGUGUGGUUGAUAUCUUGUGUUUUUCGAGACGUUUGGCAAUGCACCAUUUUCCUAAAUGAGUUGAGUUUGUACAGAUAGGAUUAUUUUAAUGUGCAGAUACUGUAUAGUUUGUGUUUUUUUGGAUGGUGAAAUGUUUUUUUUAUUUUAAGUUUAAAUAUAAACAUCUCUGAAACACAGAAAGGGAGUUUGACCUGUAUUUGGCAUGACUUCCUAUGUGGCAUGCACACAUUUGUUUACAAAGAGAGAAUGAGACAAUCUUGUAUAUGAGCAAACAGGAUAUAAAUGAAUUGGCGUACUAAACAGGGAGAACUAAGAUCCACACACUGGUGCUAUAGAGUUCAAACCUCUUACAUUGUUUAUCUGUUAUUUCUUUUGUAUUGGAAUUAAGAAAUCGAAAACACUUCAAACUAUUCACUAAAUGUAUACAAUGACCACAUAUUUCAAAGUAUACAUUUACUCUCCAUACUGGUCAUGCUAUCAGUUUGGUCUGACACUGGAGGGACAGAAUGUCAUCACUAAAUACUGUAAAUGUUACCAAACAGAAACAUAUGACAUAUUACUUUGAGUGAUAAUCAGUUGAAAUCAAAUCAUAAUACAACUGUAUAACAUAAUACCACUUUAUCUUAUUAUUUUGUUUAAACUACUUAGGGAAAACUCAACAUGUUUUAGUUUUGUCCCUAAAUGUUGUACAUGAUUGUAUUGUAGCACUACUAUGAUCAGUACAAUGUCUGGAUUUAGCUUACUGUUCACUGCUGCCAUUCCACCCAAUGUAAGCCUGGAUAUUUUACAUAACUAUUACCACUCCUACAGUGUUUAAUUCACAAAGCAAAGGAAUUCAACAUAUGCAAGAAAGCGUACAAUCUACAUUUAACAGUUAUCAGAAUAUUCUUUCAAUAAAAACAUUUUGCUGGAAAACAGGAAAAAAAAAACAACACUAAAAUGGACUCCUUUUGUAGAUUAACUAUACACAACCAGGGUUAUUUGUCUGAGGGGAUUUGCAUGUCUAUUUAACUUGAAAUGAUCAUUGCUUUACCAGCCCAUAUGCCAAUACUUGAUGGUGAUUAAUAAAAGAAACACUAUCAGUCAAAGACUGUUAGGGAUUUGUAAUUGUAGUGCUCUUUUAUUGUGAUACACUAACGAAAAGAAGAAACACACUGUAUAAUGUAACAAAAACAAAUAAACAAUUAAGUGCUCAACAGUUCAAAAAUGAUCAGAUUUUGAAAUGGUCAGAGUUGAAAAAAAGGGUAUUGGACACAUUUCUAAAUAGUUCAAUGACACACAAAGACUUCCAAUACAGCUGAUAUGAAUCCAACUAUCUUGAAGUUUCUUGACAUUAAGGCAACAACUGCAGUCUAACUGUUCAGUGAUUAACUACAUACUUUGCUACUGUAAGUGUGAAUGAGUUUCUAAAAACGCUUUUCUCUCAAUUAAUCAAAAUGAGUCUUCAAUGGUGAACGUGGCCCAACAAAAAAUGUUGCAUUGCAGCAGUUAGGUGUAGCAAGGUAAAUACCACAACUUUUUUUUUAUAAAAGACAAAUGAAUUACUAACAGUAGGUAUCAUUGGGAUAAAUAUGAUUGUGUACUUAUCUAAUAACAAUUUUAUGCUGUUUAGUUGUAUUUUUAUGACACAUUUUUAUCAUUAAAAUGGAUACACACUCAUACAACUUUGGGAUUAGGGCCAAAACAUUUAGAUUAUAAUACUUAUAAAGCUUCCUUUAGUGCACACAAUCAUGUUUUGUGUGCUGGGAAGUACUUUAAGUGUAAGUUCUUCAGCUAGUAAUGCUUCUUCAUGAUGAUAAUAGUGAGCUUGAAAAUAUGCUCUUUCUUGAUCUCAUUAUGUUACUGUUGCUCAAGACACAUGUUUAAAAGUCUUCCCUAUUGCAUUUAUCUUAGGUAUCUGACAUUUAAGAACACCCAAAUGACCUUGACAGCAAUGUUUUCAGAAGGUCUAAUGGCAUGCACAUAACUAGGUAUCGCUGGUUAAGACAUAUCUUAACACCCGAAACAGGUCACAAUUGUGUUCUCUGAAAACAACCUUUUAGAUUUUUGUGUCAUCUUUCAUUACCUUUUCAACAUUUAGCAUUAGCAUGUUGGAGUUCAGCUAAACCUUAGUCCCUAUCCCGUGUGAGGUGGGAUUAAUAGCAGCCCUGGGGAAAAAAGUUUCACUUACAUCACAGAAAUGUUCAGUAUGGUUGCGUCAUGUCGGGUUCAGAGAGAAGCCCACUAGCCAUGACUGUGAGUGCGCCAAUAGUAGCACCCAAUUCUCAGUACUGUAUACAUCUUUUUGUUUUUACAUUUUUUGAACACUCAGUAGCAGCCCAUUGAGCAAGCAGUCAGUAACUCAGGAGAACGUGGCUGUCCUCUGACACAGAAAUAAAACACACUUAAAUAAGGCAAAA